AUGUUCCGUGCACUUUAUAAACAAUCACUUAAACCCUCCGACUCUGAGCCUCCCGCAGAGAAGUGCAGAAUGAUGCCACUGCACGCAGGAUGUGAUGUCACUGAGAUACACAGGACACUCAUUCAAUAAACAUUUACUAAGCAUCUACUUCGUGCCAUACACUGA